CCCUUCGCUUUGUCACUACGUAUGUCCUCUGCGGCUUGCCGUCCCCUGCGCUUGAAGGAAACGAUGGCGGCGCCCGUGUUCCCUCUCUGCCGUGCUAUGCGGCCCCAGACCUGGGCUGUGCGCACAUUCGCUACGGUUUUUUCUCCGGCCAGCGACCCGCCUGUUCCGAACACGCAAAGCAUUAAAACAUCGAAAGAUGGAAAAAACAGAAAACAGGUUCUAAGUCCUAGGACAACAAAGAUGACAGUUGACCAGGACUGGAUGAGUGUUUACCCGGCUGCAGCACCAUUUAAACCCUCAGCAGUGCCUCUUCCUAUUCGGAUGGGCUAUCCGGUAGAAAAAGGAGUGCCCAUGGCCAAGGAGGGAAAUCUGGAACUUUUAAAGAUCCCCAAUUUCUUACAUUUGACUCCUGUAGCAAUCAAAAAGCACUGUGCAGCUCUUAAAGAUUUCUGCACAGAUUGGCCAAGUGCACUGGACAGUGAUGAGAAAUGUGAGAAGCAUUUUCCCAUCGAAAUUGAGACAGCUAGUUAUGUUUCAGCAGGACCAUCUCUUCAUAAUCCGAAAGCAAGAGUUGUAACAUUAAAGAUUAAACUUUCCAACCUGACUUUAGAUGACCAUGCAAAGAAGAAAUUGAUUAAACUCGUCGGAGAGCGGUACUGUAAGAAAACAGAUUUGCUUACCAUCACUACUGACAGGUGCCCUUUACAGAGACAGAAUUAUGAUUAUGCCAUGUAUCUGUUGACAGUUUUAUACCAUGAAUCAUGGAAAACCGAAGAGUGGGAGAAAAAGAAGAGUGAAGAAGACAUGGAAGAGUAUGUAUGGGAGAAGAGCCGCUCAGAAAAAAAUAUCCUGAAGACUCUUCUCCAGAUUAAAGCUUCAGAAAACACUGCUGCAGUCACACAGGAGGAGCUCCUUGGCUCUGAAGAAGUUGAGAAUUACAAAAAAUCUGUUGUUGCGCUGAAAAAUGAGGGUGAUACUGAAAAUAACCUUUCUCAGUAUAAAGAAGCUGUAAAGAAGCUAUUGAAUUUGACAUGACUGUGAUUUUCUGGGAGGGGCCUCUUGCUUAGUCAUAAUUUGUUAUCAGAUAUUGGAUGGUCUGAUCCCUGUGAUGAUGUAUACAAUUUUAAAAUAAUAUAUCAAAAGACACUCUUUUAUUCUGGAGUUAGAAUCACUUCACACUCUCAAAGAUAUAAACAGCUAAUUUUUAAUAUUAGUAAUAAUUAAAAGUGAAAUUGUUAUCACUGUUAACUUUGAUUUUUUCAUUAUUUCAGACUUUGCAGAUUACAUUUCCUGUCCCUUAAUAUGAUAUAUGUUGUUUGCCUUUGACUAUUUUUUAGGAUUAAGCUGUUGUCUCUGCCAAAUAGUAAUGAUAAAAACUGAAUUUCAAAUUUGGAAUACAUUCAGCCAGAAAGCAUUUAUUAAGCACCUGCUCCAUGCCAGGCACUGUGCUAGGAUCUGGAGAGACAAAUACACUGUGCAAAGAUACAUGAUUUAAUUUAAAAUCCUCACACCAUUGAUAGGAAGAAGAUAGUGUUGGUUAGUCUGUAUUUCUUAAAUCUUUGAAUUGUUUCUUGCAAAUGCAAAUGCAAAAAAAAAAAAAGUCAGCAAGAGUCAGAAUGAGGGACUUGUUGACCACAAGCCAGAUUUCAGGAUUUAAGUACGUCUGACAGAGGAGUUGAAAAGUGAACAGAAAUCAAAGGGCUUUCCAAAAUAAUUGACCAUAAGAUUCUUAUAAAAUGAAGAUUUAAGUUGACAAGCUGCAGUUUAUAUAAUAAUGGCCCUGUCAUAUGACACUGUGCCAAAAGAAGAAAAAAAAACCCAGCACUAUAUUAUAUUCCAUUAACUUAUGUACCACUUGUAAGAUAGGAUAAUUACUUGGCUUGGGUUAUGUUUUUUAAAAAGAAUAAUUUAAGAAAUAUUACAUUUCAAAAUUUGAAGGAAAAAUUGUGAAGUGGUAAAAAGAAGAAAUCAAAGGUUCAAAAAUAAGAUAGAAAAGCAAAGUAUUGAAAAUUAAACACUUAAUUAGUGCGCCUGGAAGCACAUGUAAUAAUGAAUUAAUAGGCAGUACUAAUUGAGGCUUAAUGGGAAUUUUUUCAAGCUAUAAAUCAUGCAAGAUAUCCUAAAGAAAGUUAUUCUUGGUGGGAGAACCUUCAGGUCAGGGUACUGUAAUGGUUGAUUUUGCUUGAAUUUUUAAAAAUUUGUCUUUGUAUGGGGAAAAAAGAACAAAGGUAUGCUGGAAAAUUAUUGUGAUUUAUAAAUGGAUAAAACUUUCUAGGAAAAAAAAAAAGGUGGCCAAAAGUGCAGGCUCUCUAGAUUGCAUUUGCUGGUAAUUAAUAAUUAUAGUUUCAGGAAUAAUUAGUUAAUUCAGGUUUAAAUAUGAAACUGCUAUAUUAGAACUUCGGCCCUUUAAAUAUUAUAACUUUGAAACUGAGUUCAGAUUGGAUUGAAUUUGGAAAAUUGUAUAGUGUUUUCAUUCAUCCAAAGUUGCUCACUGCUACAAAGGCCAGUAUCAUGACCAGCAAAAUUUUCUUGAAGUUCUACAACUGUGGAUUGUGGACCUCCAUGAUAUUGUAACAAUCAAAAUUAUAAGUAGUACAAAGGACUACCAAAAAAACCCACUGUGGACUCAAGUAGGCAGGAGAAGUAGCAUAAAAGACACCAUGAGAUAUGUAUGAUUAAAAGAAUUCAUCAUCGUAUCUUUGAAAGGGCAGAAAUAUAAUUUUAAGUCUAAUAUAAUGGGAGGAAAGUCGUGAAUCGAUCUCAAUAGACUUUUUAUCAUUUAGGCUAGACAAUGAGUUUUUUUGCUACUGAAAUGCAGUCAUUUUUCACAUAAAUCUUUAAUAAUUAUUGCCAGAACAUUUAGCAUAAUUGCAUGGGUAAUCAAAACACAUAAGAAAUGUAGUCUCCUUAAGGGUCUUUGUCAUUUUUGUCCUCAUGUUUUGUGCUUAGCAUAUACUAGG